UUAACAAAAAAAUAUUACACGUUACUGCUUUUUUACCCUGCGCAGUAUUAAAGUAUAUAGCAGGAAGUGCGUCAGAGGACUGCGUCGUGUUCGAUAUUCGUUCGCCAUCCUUUAUCUUAAACCAAUCAGAACUGUCUCUCUAUUCUUCCCUUACAAGAAGCUGGAAUCAGGACGAGCUAACUAGUUUGAGUUUUACCUUUAUUCUGUGUGGUUUAAUUUGUGUUAAUUGUUAUUAUUAUCCAUAGCGAGAUAAGCGCUAAGAUGUCGAGUUCUAAUAUGGAUUUGUUCCUGAAUGGAGUGGGUUGUCAGGUUGAAGGGGACGCGGAUCUGACUACUAAUAAUUUUAACAUAAAACAAAAAGUAGAAAAUGCCGUUUCCAAUUCAUCAAAGUCUCUGCUACCGUGUGCUGAAGUAUUACCUAUGCGUGUAGAGCGUAUUGAGCCAGUUCCAUCACUAUAUGAAAUCAUUAUGCUUUUUGAUAUCGACAAUGAAAUAGACUUUGAUUUCAAUAUUGAUGAAGAGGAGGAAGAAGACGAGGUUGAUGUUGAGAACAUCAUUCAAGCUUCUGCAAUGGCUGCUCAGAAGAGAAGGGGUGUUAACACCGCUGAAACAGCAGCUGGCUCUUCAAGUCAACUGUCAGCACUAAGCUCCACCCCAGGUACUUUGACUGAUGAAUUAGCUGCUUUAUUUGAAUGCCCAGUAUGUUUCGAGAUUGUUUUGCCUCCAAUAAUGCAAUGCCAAGUUGGCCACUUGGUAUGCGCCAGCUGUCGACCCAAACUUUCUUGCUGCCCCACUUGUCGUGGCACUCUUGGAAACAUCAGGAAUCUUGCGAUGGAGAAAGUUGCUAAUAAUCUUAUGUUUCCAUGCAAACAUAAGUCUACAGGAUGCCGUAUGUCUCUUGGCCUUAAUGAAAAAGCUGAACAUGAAGAAGUUUGUGAAUUUCGACCAUACAGCUGUCCAUGUCCUGGUGCUUCCUGUUCCUGGCAAGGACAACUGGAUAAAGUUAUGGUCCAUUUACAACAUUCACACAAGAACAUAACCACUCUUAACGGUGAAGAUAUUGUAUUCUUAGCAACUGAGAUCAACCUGGCUGGAGCUGUUGACUGGGUUAUGAUGCAGAGUUGCUUUGGACACCAUUUUAUGCUAGUCUUGGAAAAACAAGAGAAAACUGAUGGACAUACCCAGUUCUUUGCAAUUGUUCAAUUGAUUGGUUCAAGAAAACAAGCUGAAAGAUUUGCAUACAGAUUAGAAUUGAAUGGGAACCGUAGGCGUUUAAUUUGGGAAGCCAUGCCUAGAUCCAGCCAUGAAGGCGUUGCUUCAGCCAUCAUGAGCUCUGAUUGCUUAGUCUUUGACAAUUCCAUCGCCCAACAUUUUGCUGAUAAUGGAAACUUGGGUAUCAAUGUUACCAUCUCUUUAGUAUGCUAAAGUUUUAUUUGUUCUUAGGUUUUAAAAAUAUCAAAAACACAUUUUUUCCAUUACAUAUGUUUUAAGUUUCGCGUUUAAUCUUAUUCCUGGCUCGUGGUGUAUAUAUAAUGUUUAAAUGUUCGAGAGUGACUUUGGUCUCAUGAUAAUGACUGGUAGUUAGAUUUUUAAUGAUAAUACAUGCUCGAGUUUGUUUUGAAGUAAUAUUAAUAAAGAAGUUUUAAAAA